ACGUCAACUACCUUCACCAAGCUCCCGAUCGAUCAUAGCAACGCCAACCCUCCAUCACCGCCCACAUCAACAUCAACACCUGCACGCUACUCUUGUCGACGAAUUACUCUACCCGUAUAUCAUCCAUAGCCAUUUCAACACACCGUCGAUAUCAUGGAGCGCUUCAGGAGUUUACUUGGUGGCGGUGGAAUGGGCCUUGGAGGAGCUGCACACGGCACUGAUAACACAAACCUGAUUGACAACUCCGAAACGGUCUAUAUCUCUUCCCUUGCCCUACUCAAAAUGCUUCGACACGGUCGCGCAGGUGUGCCCAUGGAAGUCAUGGGUCUGAUGCUUGGCGAGUUUGUGGAUGACUUCACUGUAAAGGUUAUGGACGUGUUUGCCAUGCCACAAAGCGGUACCGGUGUCAGUGUCGAGGCUGUGGACCCCGUUUUCCAGACCAAGAUGAUGGACAUGCUUAGGCAAACAGGAAGACCUGAGUCGGUCGUCGGAUGGUACCACUCGCAUCCCGGUUUCGGUUGCUGGCUUUCUUCCGUUGAUAUCAACACACAGCAGUCAUUCGAGCAACUGAACCCCCGCGCCGUUGCCGUCGUCAUUGAUCCUAUCCAGUCCGUGAAGGGCAAAGUCGUUAUUGACGCUUUCCGACUCAUCAACCCCCAGCUCUUGAUGCUUGGACAAGAGCCCCGACAGAGUACUAGCAACUUGGGUCACCUCAACAAGCCCUCGAUCCAGGCUCUCAUCCACGGCUUGAACCGACACUACUACUCGAUUGGAAUCAACUACCGCAAGACCGCGCUCGAAGAGAACAUGCUCAUGAACCUACACAAGCACGUUUGGACCGAAGCUCUGGAGAUGGACGACUUCCGACAUGAGGGUUGCAAGAACAAGGACAGACUGCAACAGCUGGUCUCAUUGGCGGAUGGCUACGAGAAGCGCGUAAAGGAGGAGACUGAGCUUACUAAGGAUCAGCUCAAGACUCGCUACGUUGGCAAGUUGGAUCCCAAGAAGCAUCUCGAGGAUGUUGGCCAGGAGCUCAUUGAGGACAACAUUGUCUCUGUGUCGAGACAAAUGAUCGACAAGGAGGCCACCAUGCCCAGGAAGGAGGGGCAAGCAGGGUCCAAGGGGCAAGUGAACGGCGAACAAAUGGACGUGGAAGAGGAGUUAUAAGCGAGAGGAAACGAACAGGUACCUUCAACAAGAAAUAACGAGGCCACGGGAUGGACUUGUAAGAUUAAUGGGCGUUGGCGGUCGGGACGGAAGAAUUAGAGACCUACCUAGCCAUGUCACGAAUUAUUGCACAAGGUUAGCAUGAUAGCAUGCAUGAAUUAAUUCCGCGUGUACUUUUUUUUUCGUUC